UCGACGCUCCUUUUUAUUUGUUUAAAUUUUUUGUGCUCUGAUUUUAUCCCAAUCACUAGCUUCAUAUUCAACGUUACGAUAGGGCUCACAUAGAUUUGAUUUCGUUUAGGAACUUGAAAAACCCGGACAUCCUCCACUUUAAAUUUUCUCGGCAACCAAACUGAAAAAGUGGUAAGACAAAAGAAAAACCCUUUUUAAGAAAAUGGAAGAAAAUCCCUUAAAUGCGACAACACCAACAAGCAGCAACACCAAAACGACACAGGAGCUAGCAGCAGAAGGCCUGAAACAUCUAGAAGAAACCAUCGAAGCAGCUUUCCAGAUCCUCUCUUCCAUGAACGACGAGCUUUGCAACCCUGCCUUGUGGUCCACCAUCCCUUCUUCAAGUAAUUCUACAACCGCUUCUUCUACUACUACUGCCAACACUGCUGCACCCAACGGCCCUUCUUCUCUCUCCAACGGUGAUUCGGCAUCCGAUGGCGGCCAUCACUUGGAGAUGGGUGGAAUCGGAGGUAGCGGCAAUGGUGCUCUCGAUGAGGCUCGCCUGAGGUAUAAGAACUCCGUCGCUUCUCUUCGCGCUGUGCUUGCCGCUAUUCCCAAUUCUCAAAAGGCAAAGGCAUUUGAAACGGGUUCAACUGCAAGCAGUCCUGCAGAUGAAGCAGAAAUUGACAAGUUGGAAGACCAAGCCUCUAAUCUAAGAAAGGAGCUUGCAAACAAGAAUGAAUACCUCAAGCUUCUAAUAGACCAGCUACGGGACCUUAUUAAAGACAUAUCUACUUGGCAAAGUCCUUGUUCAAUCUAAAGUUUGGAUAAGCAUCUUGGUUGCUGAAAAGGGUGCUCUAGGAGAGGAACAUGAACUCAGGUGUCUGCUUUGAAUGAUGAUGUUGUUGUCUUCCCAUCACUCAUUCUACGGAAUGCCAGGAUUACUUCUAUGUAUACGUCUUUCAUUGGGAUGGAGCGGCACUUUGGUUUUGAGCAAUUGGAGGGCAGAAAAAUGGUAUGACCAAAAAGAAAAAUGAAAAGGAGCCCUUCAAGAAUUUUUUUUUUUUUUUUGCCUUGUAUGCAUUCAGUUUAACAUUACAGACAAGUGUAGUUCGAACCAAGCAUCCAUCAAGUACAAAGUAGCUUGAUUCAUUGUUGUGAUCACUUGAUUGAAUACAUAUAGGCAUAACUUCAUUUUCAUUAUGA